AUGGCGGCGAACCGCAAACACUAUUCCUCCAAAGAGGACAUCCCCAAAGAAGGUGACGAAGGCGGUGGCAGUGAUGAGGGUGGUGGAGGUGGAAGCACUUCACCGACCGAACCAAGCAAACACGGCAAGGACGAGGUGGACUUUGUGCUGACAUCUUCCAAAGCAAACGGAGCAUCUGUAACGCACGGGAAGAAAGGGCAGGAAGAUACGGUCACCAAAGCAGGCGUAACGCUCGACAAGUUCAACAUAUUCCACCUACGCCGGCGACCAAAAAGUGACCCCGGUACCGGGCCGAUUGCAAAGCACGCGGCGGGUCAACAGCAGGCCUCGCCCCAAACGACCAAUGGCGCGGGUGUUCCAACCGGUGCGGAUGAAACGCUCAAGAAGAAAAAGUCCCGAUUCGUCAAGAGUGCCUCGAUAGCGCGCAUCUUUGGCAAUACCUACAAUACCAAAAAGUAUGACGAUAGCAGCGCACUACUGAAGCUGCAGCAGUUCAAGCGUAGCUUCCUGAACAGUGAAAAGUUCCACAAGAAGGACAGUGGGGCCGGUGCACCGGAGGACACCGACGAGGGCGAGCUGCAGAUCGGUGACGCGUGCUAUGUGAACGAUAGUGAGAACAGUGCAAAGGCAAUCAAGUCGAUCACACGCGGGCUGGGCCGGUUGCUGAGGCGAAAUUGUCACAGUAUCGAUAUCAGCCGGCCGGAUCCGGAGUACAAGGUGUCUUACCUCGGCAACGUUCUUACUGGAUGGGCGAAAGGUGAUGGAUGUGUGGAGAAACCGCUGGCCACCCUGUGGCGUAACUACACCCAAAACAGCAAACCGGACGUGAUGAUGAAGCUAUGCCUGUGCCCAUCCGGUCUGAAGGCGACCACCCGCCAGCACGGCCUCACCGAGUACUGGUCGCAUCGGAUCACCUACUGCAGCUCGCCAAAGAACUAUCCGCGGGUGUUCUGCUGGAUUUACCGGCAUGAAGGCCGCAAGUUAAAGCAUGAGUUCCGCUGUCAUGCGGUCAUUUGUUCCAAAGAAACGAUCGCCCAGGAGAUCAGCACUGUCCUGAAGGAAAACCUAGCCAAAGCCCUGCGUGAAUUUAAACGCGACAAACUGAACCGCCAGAAUGCGCGCCUCAGUCUGGCGAACAGUGUGUACGACAAUCCGAGUAUGCCGCGAAGGAAGAUUAUGUUGAGUGUCGGUGCUAACAACUAUCGACCACCGCUCGAACGCUCCAAAUCCGCUCCGAAGCUGAUGGCCAUCGAGGAGAUGAUUGGCGAAGAGGACGAAGAUGAAAACGAAGGAACAGAAGGUGAGGGAGCGAUGGGUGUGCGUACCUCUAAGGCUGGAACCAGCAACGGUGGUAGCACGGUGUUGGAAGCGUGCUGCCGGGAGGAUGCGCUGUUCCCCUCGACCACCCUUGGACGGCGGCGUUGUCGUCGGGGGCAUUCGAUACGACGGUCACGGUUGCGCAAUUCGUUCAAGUCACCGAAGGACGUGGAGGCCCGUGUACCGCUCAAGAAUGAGAACAUCGUGCACAUUAGUCCGAUGAACAAAUCGGUCGACUCCAUACUGGACACCAUUAGUCAGGAGGAUGGGGAAGAGGAUGAGCAUGAUUUGGAGCGGGAAAACGGUGAACCGCACUCGGAGGCCGGUUUGGAACAGCCGGAAACGAAGCCCAGUUCUAAGAUGGGAAAAGCUUCAAAGCUAUCCCACAACUCCGACUCGUCGGAGGACGACUUUGAAUCGUUUCUAGCGCACUAUAAUUACAACUCGAGCGAACCGCUCUCAACGGAACUGAUCUCGUACUUUGACAUGAAGCUUAACCCGAACACCGUUUGCAGCAUGCAUGACCUCAGCCAGCACCAUGGUAGCCUCCCAGUAACGUUGGAAGACACACAGCGACUAGCGCUCAGUUUGGACGACUUGGACAACUACUCGCUUCCGGGUGUGGUUAGCGAAUCGGAUGCACCGAAAGCGCGAACCCGGGAGCUCAAAGAUCGCGAUGUGGACCUGGAAACGGAUGACGUGUUCUUCAACCAGGACGAGGUGCUGGAAAUGCUUCGCACAGCAGCAGAAUCAGCCGCAGCAGCGUCCGUUUCCCAUCGUCGCCUUUCCGACGAACGGCUCCGACAUUCGGGUUGUCUACACGCCGAAGACGACACGGCACCACCGUCGCUGCUGUGUGUGACGAGCAAGCUGCAAGGGGCCGGCGGAGCAACCCAUCCGGACAGUGACGAAGGCUCCAUAUCGAGCGGAUGCGAAACGUCCAGCACGGUUACGACCAACACGGACGACUCGGGUGCAAGCGGCAAUGGAUUGAUUACGGGACGGAAUGUCACAGUGGUUUCCCUUGGCAAACCAGGAUCGGUGCUGGAGCGAGUGCGAAGCUUUGAACAGUUGGCUGAAAACCAAGUGAUCCACGUGCCGCUCGGUGAACGUACCGGUCAUCAAGCGCCACAAGACGUAGGCAAUGUCACAGCCUCGCCGGAGUUGAUCUUCAAGCGCAGUAUCACCUUCCCAGCACCUGGCGUAAAGUCGAGCUUUCUUAUGCCCAUGACGAUGGCUGGGAGCGCAACCGGAGCUAGUGAGCCGAUCGAUUCUCCUCUGGACUCGUUAAACGGUUCGCUUGUCGAAGCGCAACGGGACGACGAAUCUCACCGCCAGACAACCAAGCCGAAGGUGCGCCAAAUGCGCCUAAAGUCAACCGUAGCCGCAGUCAACACCGAGCUGAUCAAUCAUCUGCAGGCGAUCGAUUCGGAUUCCGAGUUUAGCGACGAGUCCGGUUACGUCGAGUUCCAGGACAAUCAACCAUCGAUAAAAUCGGUCACCGCUUGAUG